AUGUUGGGAGGAGGGACGACAGGAAGCGUGAUUGCAAGUCGGUUGACGGAGAACCCUCGCGUGAAGGUCCUGGUACUCGAGGCUGGGUCGGACGGAAACGUGCUCUCGUUGAUCCCUGCAGCCGGCCCCUUGAUGUGGUGGGACUCCAAUUUCGACUACCGCUACACCAGCGAGCCUCAGGAGGAUUCCUGCCUCGCUCUGGAAGGAGGGAGAUGCCGCUGGUUCCGGGGUCGGAUGCUGGGAGGUAGUUCUGCCCUGAACGGCGCCAUGUACACCCGAGGGAAUCAUAAGGACUACGACAACUGGGCCGCGUUGGGGAAUCCAGGCUGGUCCUUCAGAGACCUCCUCCCGCUUUUCCUCAGGGCUGAGAACUUCCUCGUAAAAGACGUUCCUACCAGAGAUGCCAUUUACCACGAGAGUAACAGACAUCGUGGGUACUUCCCCGUAUCCUACACCCACUUCUCCGAGCUCUUGCCCGCGUUCAUCGAGGCGGGGGAGAGUCUGGGCUUCCCGCACAACCGCGACUACAACGGCGCCUCGCAAAGGGGAUUCAGCGGACUGCAGCAAGCUGUCAAGGAUGGAAUCCGAUAUAGCACAGCCUUGGCGUAUCUGGUCCCCGGGAAGCAUCGCAAGAACCUCCACGUCGUCGUCAAUACCAUUGUCUCCAGAAUCGUGAUAGACGAAAGUACGAAGACAGCGAAGGGGGUCGAGUACUUGGCUGAAGACGGAACAAAGCGCUUCGUAUCGGCGAGGAAGGAGGUGAUCCUAUCGGCCGGGGCCAUUGCUUCUCCUCAGAUCCUCAUGCUCUCCGGCAUCGGACCCAAGGAAGAACUGCGAAGACACGGGAUUCGUCCUUUCCUGGACCUUCGAGUGGGAGAGAACAUGCAAAGUCACUACGGGUCCGGCGGAAUCUACUUCAGCAUCGAGAAGUCAACUGGAUUCAUGCUUCCCCGCCUAUUCACUACUGACUUCGUUUCCACCGUUCUCCAAUUCGUCUUGAGAGGAGAAGAACACAAGAGUGGUUGGAUGAGUACACUCAUUCUCAUCAGCACUCAAGAGUACCAAAACGACCUACCACUUCCUCCUCCCGUAUUGGAACCUCGGGAGGAGGAGUAG